CCAGGGCCAUCCUCGCGGCCCGGCCAUGUGCCUCAUACAGAACCCACAGACCCUCCAAGCUCCCCGCUGUGCCCGCGGGCAACACCGUCAGUCAGAGAAGCUAUAAAUCGAUUCAAAGCAGGCCCAAAAGAAGCUGAUCCUUCGAUAUUACUCCCUAAAUCAUCGCCAAAGGGGAAAGGCAAGGAGAGGGAACCAGGAAAUAGGAAUCUUGUACCAUCGUCUGUUUCACACAAUAGGAAAGAGCAGCAGCUUAGAUCGGUUGAGAUCACAGAGGCAGAUACCUCUGGAGAAAUUAGGGUACGGGGCAAAGAACGGGAGCUGGUAGCAGCGCGAGAAGAGCAACAGCAGCACGAACGACGGUGGGAACGGGACAAGAACAAUCAGGAAGCUGAAGAAGAGCGAAAGAAAGACAAGGAUAGGAUUAAGAUGCUGGAAGACGAGGUCAAGCGACUGAAAGAAGAGCUAUCUAAGCGUUCUAUUGUGCGACCGUCUCCAGAUCCUCACUCACUUAUGCCAGCUCCUCCCCCACCGCCACCACCAUUACCACCACCACUCCCUGUACGGAUAAGCACCACGCAACUAGGAUCGAUAUCUGAUGCAGGUUCAAUGUUCCUUAGCGCACGCGCAGCUUUGAGACAGGCAGGACCCCCAGCCGAGGCUCCAAUCAACGCCCCUUCGCUUGGCCGUGCAAAGCGUCAAGGUCAACCAACAGUUAAUCUAUCAUGA